AAACGUGCCAAGGGCCAAUUCCUCUUCUUUAAGGUGUGUGAGCACCUUAACCUCAUGGAGAAAGACUACUUUGGACUCGCUUACAUUGACAGCCAUGAACAUAAGUGUUGGUUGGAUCCCACUAAGGAAAUCAAGAGACAGAUACGCAGUAACAACUGGCAGUUUGCAUUCAGCGUCAAGUUUUACCCCCCCGACCCCUCACUGCUCACUGAAGACAUUACCAGGUACCUGUUGUGUCUGCAGCUCCGUGAAGAUGUGGCUUCAGGACGACUGCCUUGCUCCUUUGUCACUCACGCUCUGCUGGGGUCGUACACACUGCAGGCAGAAGCCGGUGACUAUGAACCCGACCAGCCUCGGCCUCUGGACAACGUCGGUCAGCUGACCUUUGCGCCCAAUCAGAACAAAGAGAUGGAGGAGAAGAUUCUUGAACUCCACAAGUCUCACAGGGGAAUGACACCGGCACUAGCCGACGUCCAGUUUUUGGAAAAUGCCAAGAAGCUUUCCAUGUACGGGGUGGACCUGCACCAUGCUAAGGAUUCUGAGGGCGUGGACAUCAUGCUAGGUGUGUGCGCUAACGGACUCCUGGUUUACAAAGACAGGCUGCGGAUCAACCGCUUCGCCUGGCCCAAAAUCCUCAAGAUUUCAUACAAGAGGAACAACUUCUACAUUAAGAUCAGACCAGGAGAGACGGAGCAGUUUGAGAGCACGGUGGGAUUCAAACUCCAGAAUCACCGCUCUGCCAAAAGGCUGUGGAAAGUCUGUGUGGAGAAUCACAGCUUCUUCAGAUUGAACGCACCCGAGCCCCCUGCCAAGGCCCGCUUCUUGACCCUGGGCUCCAAGUUCCGUUACAGCGGGCGGACCCAGGCCCAGACCCGCGUGGCCAGCUCCCUCAUAGACCGCCCCGAACCCUGCUUCGAACGCACCGCGUCCAAACGCAGCAGCCGCAGUCUGGAUGGAGCACCAAUGAUCAGCAUUACUGAAGCCACAUCUGAGAAUGGACGUGAUCCCCACCUGGAUCUCCACUCAGACUCUAAGGUUAUGGAGGUGGACUUAAGCCCUGGUGAUGCGGAAGCCACGCCCACCCAGUCACUGGGAGCCAGUGAGCCCGCCCCCUCUCAGAGUCCAAACAGAGUGCAUGGGGACAAUAUUUAUGUGAGGCACAGUAAUUUAAUGUUGGAGGACCAUGAUAAGACCACGGACGAGGUUCUGAAACACCAAGCUAGCAUUAGCCAGCUAAAGCGCUCCUUUAUGGAGGCGCCACCUCCCUCUCCUCCUCAGCCCAACCAGUGGGAGAAACGUCUCACCUCCUCCCCCGCUCCAACGAUACGUAUUCAGCAGCAACAGCAAGUGAGUCUCGAGGAGGAGAUAGCUUCUGUACUCCUCAGUAGACACUCUGGCUAUUGUUCAGCUCCUCCUGCCUGCUGUCCACCUGAACCGACUCUAGAUGCUGAUAUAACCCCAGGCUCUACUUCCACACUCGCUGCCACUGAGGAGAGCGCGCCCCAACUGGAAGAUGUCCCCGCCGCAGAAAACUUGAUCUCUGAAACCAAAGAACCUGCAAAGACGGCCGAAGUUGAAAUCGAAGAAACCGUUGUCGUCCAAGAGGUUUCCAUAGCGCCCAAACCUGGACUCGUCUCGGUUACGAGCCCACAGGAAGUGACGGCGGAAAAGGAAGUAGUUGUAACGGUGGAAACGAAAGAGGCGAAGCAGGAGAGCGUUUCAUCGGAAAGUGAGAGCGAGGAAGAAGCGGAGUACCAUCCGAAUGUUUCUGUGUCUAUCUGCCACACACAAAUACCAGAGGAGGAAGAGGAGGAGGAGGAAGAGAAGGAGGAGGAAAAGGGUGUGUCGGUUCCAGAUGCUCCCUCCCUUCCCGCUGAAGUAGAAGAAGAGGAGAUCGAGAAGAAGAAGAAUGUAGAGAAGGAAGUAGAAGCUAAGAGCAACUAUGAUCCAAUCACAACACAGGCUACAAACGGUCACACCCUGCCGAAGGAAAGUGGUCUCGCCCCGGAAGAAGAAGAGGAGGAAGAGGAAGAGCUGAAAAUGAACGGAGAAGCCUCUGUGGUGGAAGCAGAACCCCGGCCGCAGGUUAUUUGUUGCUCCGAGCCACCUGUGGUAAAGACAGAAAUGGUGACUAUAUCAGACACGUUUGCAGCCCAGAAAACUGAGAUAGCUACAAAAGAAGUUCCCAUCGUACACACGGAAACCAAGACCAUCACAUACGAAGCCGCACAGUUGGAUGGUAACGGCGAUGGUGAGCCCGGUGUGCUGAUGACAGCUCAGACAAUCACCUCUGAAUCUCUGUGUACUACUACAACCACACACAUUACCAAGAUGUUAAAGGGCGGCUUAUCAGAGACGAGAAUUGAGAAACGCAUCGUCAUCACUGGAGACUGUGACAUCGACCACGACCAGGCACUGGCCCAGGCCAUUAAGGAGGCCAAAGAGCAGCAUCCUGACAUGUCUGUUACCAGAGUGGUGGUUCAUAAAGAAACUGAGCUGGCUGAGGAGGAGGAUUGACUGAACGCAGGUAAUAAUAAUAAUAAGCUGAAGGACCCAUCGUGACUGUUUCCUCCGCUGACGUCGAGCGACCUUCAUCACCCUACGACAACCCUGACUGACUGAAGAGGAGGAGGAGGAGGAGGAGGAGGAGAGCUGGAGAAACAGAAAGGAGACAAACGGAGAGAAGUCGCUCACUUCUUCCCUGUCCAUCGUUCUUACAUUUCUGUGGUGCAUCUGAAUCCCUCACUCCCAAAACGAGAAAAAACAAAAAAAUGACAUCUUUCGAGGGAACAAAAAAAAGAACCACUUUGUUAGCUUAACAUUUGUAGCGUGUUUUAAUUUUUUUUAAUAGUGUUUUUUUCUUUUAACUGUUUUACAAAAAGAGAGGUAGUGUGUCUGUCAUGUAUUUCAAACUCAAAAACUGAAGGGAUGCACCGAUAACCAAAAAAUGAGUCAACGCAUUGAUUAUUUCUCUAAAGUCAAAGUAUGUUUUCCAGUUUUUUUCAGAUGUAGAGGUACUGACAAUCACAAAUAUCUUUAUCAUUUUUUUUAUAAAAAGGAAUAAAUAUGACGCUAAAGCUUUGUACUUUUUUUACUGUAUCAGCAGUGGAAAAGUGGAAUUGGUGCAUUCCUUAGAAAAAAGUUAAAAAAAGUUCUGUUUUAAAUUACAGCUCCCUCCCUCACUGACUGUGGUGUAAAUGGAGAAGAACACAAUGUAACAAAGUACUUAAAUAUUUAACAAUAACAAGUAAGAACUGCUCGUUUGUUAACAAAAUGAAACAGUCUUACUCAUAAAAUCCCUUUCACAGUCAAAUGAAGAACCAGGCGUGUCACGUUAUCACAUUUUAUCACUAACAAUUAAAAAGAAAAAAGUAGGGAGCUGUAACUUAAUCUAUCGCAGUAAAAACAAAUCAACAACGUUUUGUUUCAAAUGUUUAUGAUUGUGUCUUUUUUUUCUGUAAGUAUAGUUGUUAUUCAUCCACAUUCCUUGUGUGUUGGCUGGCUGCUGAGUGAGUUCAUUUUCAGUUAAAUCCACUUAAAUCUAAGAAGAUAAUUUACAUUUUGCCAUUCACUGUGGACGGGAAAGAAAAGGAACAUUUAUUAAACGUGACACCAGACAGGUGGAAUGACUUCCUUGUGAUAUAUUUGUAAGUUUUACUGUAUUUAAGAAUUCAUUUUUACUAAAUUGACUGAAAAUGAACUGACUUUAAAGCUAUACAACUCUCUGUACAGUAAAACUAAAGGUUAUUAGACGGGAUGCAGCUUUUCAUUAAAUGCUCUCCCUGGGCCCGCCCACUGUACGACACUAGCCAUUCCUAUUGGGCCGCAGGGAAGCAAGGGAGCAGUCUUUUGAUUGGGAGAGGGGACCAGUAAACUGAAAGAUAAUUGGGAGAUAGAGGUGGCGCUGCGCAGUGCCAACUAACAACUUUGGGAAAAUACAUUUAAAGCAUAUUGGCCUUUACUCUCUGACAAGGGCAUGUUAUUCACUCGUGAUUUUAUUUUAAUACUUUUAGGACAAUCUUUAAUACAAAAUCUGCAAAUUAAGCACAGGUACCAAACGGAGGACAUACAGUAAACAGUCCAAAAUUCAGAUUUAUUUUUGCUAAUUUUGCAGCAGUUUGUCAUCAUAGUUCAACACUUCAUUUCAUUCCCAGCUUCGUUUCAUAAAAAGCCAACCAACCCUGCCAGAUAAAAUAAGAUCUGGGAUUUAAUUGAGCAUGUCUUCACAUAUUUGUUAUCUUAAGCGAGUCUAGGUGGAAGGCUAAUGUGUUUGAUUGGUUUGAGAGUGUGUAGAUAACAGAUUAUCCUACAGUACGUCGAGAUAAGAUUCUCGACAGCGGCUUAUGUCGUAACUGUUUCACCGCAACCAAAAUAUUCUUCAGCAUUAAAGCGAUUUUGAUAUGUUUCUGACCUAUUUUACAAUCAGUUACCAGUACACUACAAUCAGACAGUUACAACCAAAAAAGUUAAAUGCUGCUUAAAGGUAAACAUCCGACGGUUUGAAGUGCUCUUGCAACCCCUUGAAUCUCAUGAUGUUUUAUUCAGUUUUUGGUGUCAUUUUACCGCAAAUAUUCCACAAAAAUGUGACUCUGUGUAAAUAUUGGUGGCAUUAAAUGGGAUAGAGCAAGGGGUCGACAAAAAUGUUCAGUGUGAGCUGCGGAAAAACUAAUUGUCCUGAAAUGUACACGUUUUUAGUGCCACAGAUGAAUUUGAAAACACUUCCCGACUAACUGGACAUAGAGGCAUUUUGAAUUAGAGACGUUUAUCGUUAGGAAAUGUUAACACACAUUCUCCACGUACCACUUGAUUGAGUGGCAAUGACUGCCUGGGCUUUCUAUGGGGACACAAUGGUCUGACCUUUUCUAUGCAGUUAAAUUACGUUCCAGAUGAAGGGGAAGCUUCAACCUUUAACCCCCUAACGCCACAAAGCAGCAGAAAAACAUUUUAUAAAAAUCAACCGUGAAACACUAGGCAGCUUUGGAAACUUUCGCUAUCAAAAGAAAAAUCACACUUUGAAAAAGGAAUUGCUUGUAUCACAACAGCUAUAUUUGUAGAUUUGCUCAUUGUCUUAUCUCUGUGAAAUUGAUGUAGUUGGGAUCUAAUGGCGCCCUCUCUGAUAUUUUUAAUAUUGUCUCAGUGUUUUUGACAUUGAAGGAACACACCACUACAAGCCACCAUUUAUUUAGUGUACUUCUAGCCCCGGGUUUAACCUCUUUUUCGGGGGUCUGGGCUCUUUUAACCAAUCACAGGGGCUUUGGGGGGGCUGCGGGGUCUAGUUUUCCAAAAUGUGGACAUUUUAUUUGAGGUUCAUUAAAGAAUUGUCUCAAAUGAACGCGUUUCUAUAAGUAACUUUCUUAACAUUAAACACAGUAUAGACAAACCGAUGAAAGUUAUUAGUUACAGUGGCAGCUCCAUACAAACAUGGAUGGAGCUGCCAUUUCAUAACAGAAAUAAUCUUUCUGUUAUUAAAAACAUUAAUAACAGAAAGAGAUGGUAUUAAUAAUAUAUAAUCAAAAGACAGUAUGUUGUUUUCUUGUAUGAGGCUGAUGAAGUAGAUGAUUAUCUCUGUACCACAGAUUUGACCAUUUCAAUGACCAAUAAAACCAGCAUCAUUUUGUAUUUCAAUGACUUAAAAACUCAAAAGAAAAACUUUGUAUAAAACAAAAAACACUUUGGAAAACCAACCACAGCUGCCUCAUUGUUCUCUCUUUAGCCAACCAAUGAUCAUCAGAAGGGUUUUUCUAUCUAGCAGCUUAUUGUCUUAUGUCCCCCACACACAGCCACUCCUCCCCUGUGUAACACUGUUUAAAUAAAGGAUUGUUAUACUCUGAAA